UGGACAUUCAACAUUCAACAGUGAAGGACUUCCCGCCAAAGUCGAAGACCACCGCAUCGUGUUGAAGUACCAGUGGUACUGUAGGACAUGAGUCCUAACUCUCUUUAAUCUCUCUUUUGCAUCCCCGAUACCUGUAGUUCGGAUCGUGUGAAAAUGCCGAGCAAGCACACAAAGUCGAGACCGUCCCUCCGGCAAGGACUCGACCGCGAGGUCUAUCAAGUAGUCCGCAAAUUACAAGAUGAACGCGAAGGCGAGCUACUCACAUCCUAUUCAGUCUACGACUGGAUCAAACACUCCAACUCGAGCCUACGACGGAGGCCCAAACCCAUCUUGGAGGAUAGCAUCGAGCGAGUCCUCGCGGUGCUCGCGGAAGAGAAUGGCGACGACGAUAUCGACUCGUUCGACGGCGAUCUAGAAGACCCAGCGCCCCCGCCGGCGUCGAACCUUAUGAACAAGACCAUCGUGCAAUCAUGGACCCCUCCUACCACUGGAUCUCCCGCCCCAGGCGUCAGCGGAGAGAAACCCACCAAGAAGAGGGAAGGCAAAUUGGCGGACGGCGAACAACCAGUAAAGAAGCGACGGAAGCCCGCACCCGAACCCGUGGAUCGCAGUCCUCCGACACAUAUACGUCUCGAAGAUGUCGGUGGCGUAGACGCGAUCAAGAAAGAGUUAAAAGACCACCUGGUACUGCCUCUACUUUGCCCUGAAGAAUACGCCAAACGAAAAAUUCCGAUCCCGAGAGGCAUCCUCCUUCACGGUCCACCGGGGUGCGGAAAGACCGUCAUCUCGAGAGCAUUUGCUGCAAAACUCGGCGUGCCGUUCAUCGAAAUCCUGGGUCCUUCGGUGGUCUCUGGCAUGUCCGGUGAAUCGGAAAAGCAGAUCAGGGAGCACUUCGAGGAAGCACGACGGCUUGCGCCCUGCCUGAUAUUCAUCGAUGAGAUCGACGUCAUCGCUCCCAAGCGCGAUACCGCGCAGAGUCAGAUGGAGAAGCGGAUCGUCGCUCAGAUUCUCAUUUGCAUGGACAGUCUCGCGAUGGAGGCGAAUGACGGGAAGCCGGUGAUCGUGCUGGCGGCAACGAAUCGUCCGGACAGUUUGGAUCCGGCGCUGCGUCGUGGGGGUAGGUUCGAUACGGAGAUCAACAUGGGCGUUCCGAACGAGCCUAUGCGGGAGUCCAUCCUCCGUGCGCAGACGAGAGACAUCCAUGUCGCUGUGGAUGUCGAUUUUGCUAUCUUAGCGAAGAAGACUCCUGGGUUCGUUGGCGCGGAUCUUCGAGACCUGGUUGGCAAGGCGGGGACAUGGUCGAUGGAUCAAUAUCGGGAAGCGUUGGAGCGGCAAGCUACCGAAACGGAAGUGGAUAUGGACAUUGAUCAGGCGAAAGACUACUCUGGCAUGGACAAGUCGAUCACGCGACUGAUUGAACGGGUCAAGAACAAAGACCAACCCCGCCCGAUUGGAUUCGAAGAUACGGCUAUCUCUAUGAGGGCGUUCUUGGAGGUCCUCCCUGGCAUCCAGCCCUCAUCGAAACGAGAAGGAUUUGCAACCAUCCCCGACACGACCUGGCAAGACAUCGGCGCCCUGGAAGAAGUCCGCGCCGAGCUCCAAACCGCCAUCGUCGAGCCCAUCAAAAACCCCGAACGCUUCCGCAAAGUCGGCAUCCUCGCCCCCACUGGCAUCCUCCUCUGGGGCCCCCCUGGGUGCGGCAAGACCCUCCUCGCCAAAGCUGUCGCCAACGAGUCCAAAGCCAACUUCAUCAGCGUCAAGGGCCCCGAGCUCCUCAACAAGUACGUUGGCGAGUCCGAGCGCGCCGUGCGCCAGGUGUUCCAGCGCGCCCGCUCCUCCAUCCCCUGCGUCAUCUUCUUCGACGAGCUCGACGCCCUCUCCCCCAAGCGCGAGGACGCCCUCUCCGACUCCUCCGCCCGCGUUGUCAACACCCUCCUCACCGAGCUCGACGGCCUCAGCGCCCGCCAGGGCAUCUACGUCAUCGCCGCCACUAACCGUCCGGAUAUCAUCGAUCCGGCGAUGCUGCGUCCGGGCCGGCUGGAGACGUUGCUGUUCGUCGGGCUGCCGGGCGAGCAAGAGCGGGUGGAUAUUCUGAAGGCGCUGAUUCAGAAGACGCCGAUCCACGAGGAGUUCGCAGAGAUUGGACGGCGGUGCGGGAAUUUCAGCGGCGCGGAUCUGGGGAGCUUGUUAAGACGUGCUGGGCAGAGUGCGCUGCGGAGGGGGGCGGAGGUGGUGGAGUUGCAGGAUUUCGAGCAUGCAUGCGAGACGGUGCGGACGAGUGUGGUGGAUAUUCAGAAAUAUGAGAGGAUGAAGGGGAAGUUGGCUUCGAGGAUUUGAUGUAUAUACCUAUUUGAUUCUUGUCCCUAGGUAAAAGUCAAGCCUUUGGGCUUACAUUUUGAUAGACUAACUUUGCUUCAUUCGGCCACUUUUGGUUUGAUAUUCUAGGAUACAACUAGUAAUACACGAUGCAUCAAACCAGAGGACAUUAUACCUAUUCAUUUUAGUGGUAUCCCAGCCGAACCACCGACAUUGGAACACCACCUCGUGACCCCUAACUCCUGACCCGACCACUAGUGUAUUUGCUACCCGUAAGUGUAUAU